AUGUAUGCACAGCCAUCGUCUCUGUUGGUGUGGUCAUCGUUAGUGUCAUCGUCGUCGUUAUCGUCGUCACCGUCGAAGGGGGAAGACCAGCUGGGUGGAUCAGCACAGCAGCAUUUAUACCAGCAUCAACACUAUCAAGCCUCUACGGAGCCAUCAGCAGCAACACCAACGGCCGGAGCAUCAACAUCCGUCACACUGCUCUCGGUCACCUACGCAACCGGUUCGACAACAUCAGCAACAACCGUGUCCUUUUCAACUGGUGAACAGUCAAUUGAAGCGAGCAAAACAUUAGCGUCGGCAGACAGUACGAACAGCAUGUCAACAACUGUGACGAACAGCAGCAACAACCACACUGACAGCAACAUUAUACCGACCGAGAGUGAUAGUAGUGAUUCCGCAACCGGUCCGGAACGGGUGGAAGCGAGACAAGCGGCACCAAUACAGGGCGACAUGCCACAGGCUGCGACGGAGCUGGCGGUGGUUGCGGAGACGAACGCCGACACAGCAACCGGUAGCUCGCAGUCAGCAACAUCACCAGCAGCAGCAACAACAGCACCACCACCAACGUAUGGUGCCUACACUAACAAUACUUUACCGCGGGGGCCUUAUCUUCAGUAUAAGUAUAAAAACAUUAGUAGUGUUCCGUGCAACCAGGACAAUAACGAACAUCAACAACCGCAAACGCAGCAGCUUAUACUGCACCAGCAUCAUCAUCAACUGGCUCAGCAGCAUCAUCCGCAUGCAGCCGCACACCAGCAAACGCAACCGUAUCGGCAACAGCCGCAUCAUCAUCGCACCCACAACAACCACCAGCAACAACCGCAUCAUCAACAUCAUCCGCAACAGCAUCAGCAACACCGUCAGCCGUUGCGCAGCAGUGACGUGCUGGACAUGAUUUCACGAUUCAAACGCACCCACCCGACCAGUGAAGCGGAACAGCAACAGGGUGAGGGAGAAGGGUUAGACGGGGCAGGGCAGGACCACCAACGGUCGGUUGAUGCGUUGUCGAUGCCGAACAAGGACGACCACGGAUGGGAACGGGACACGCAUGCGUACAACGGGAUAAACGAACCGAACCAGCGCCAUCCGGUUGCCGACGGUGCAUUUCAUCAACAGCAAUGGCGUCAGCCAUCGCACCUCGAAGGGGAUGGCAAUGGUGGUGGGGUCUAUGCAAGCAAGGGAAGAAACAACCACCAGCGCCAUCCCAGCAGCAUAUCGCAGCAACAUCUGCCGUACAGGGAUAGUGCAACAACCGUUGCGCAACAGCAGCGCCAUCACUACCACCAUCAACACCACUAUCAACACCCAUCAACAACGGCACCAGUCGGCCAUCAACCGCCGUCGGACGGUGGUGGGGUCGAUUACUUUCGCCCUGCAACGCCGGCCAUCGGUAGUGCCGUUUCGCUCACGAACGUGAUCGGCUUGAAGCGGCCCAGCCAGGCGGAAGGGUGGGCCCUGCUCUGUCAAUCGGUACAAGCGCUACAGGACCUUUUUCUUGGAGAAACACCAUCAAUCAGCAAAGUUCGACCGUUGAUAACGCCUGCCAGUCUGCAGAUCAGUUCGCGGGGUCGUGUCGUCUUUAGCAUCGUCCCAGCGACAGGUGGACAGCAUCAGCCGCAACAGCACCAGCACCAAAAGCAUGAGUCGUCGGCGGGGCAGGAAGCGCCGGACGCGACCGAGGAACCGUUCCUAUCGCCCGAGUACAUUAAUUCGCUCGGCAAAACCAUCCAGUUCAGUGAGUCCGACGUCGAAAAGAUGUGGAUCUACUCGCUCGGUGUGACGCUGCAGCGCACUGUAUCAUCGUUUGCCGUCAACCACCAGCAGCACCGGCAGCAGCAGCAGGAGUACGAUGGAGCCCAUCAUCUGCUGACCGAGGACGCACUCACACCGCUCGAUCACGUCGUGCUGGCGAUGUGCGAAGCGAACCUAUACCAACGCGCCAGCCUGAUGUUUCUGCUCGAUAUCAUAUCGGACUACUGCAAGAACCAUCACCUUUACAAACCGUUCUCCCAUAUGCUGAUCGACCUGUUCCGUGAGGUUGUCUCAUCAGCGGAACCGCUACAGCAUCGCCCAUCGCCCAUCGGGCAACCUCCGGAGCUGAAAAUCAAGCGUUCGAUCGAGUCGUUCGAAGAGCCGAAAAGCGAUACCGAUUCGGGUCGUUCGUCUGACCAUGGUGAGUUGCUGGAGGUGCACCGGAAGAAGGAACCAUCGGGUGUCCGGAUGCAGCUGAACCCACCUGCCCAGCAGCAACACAGCUAUGGUCCGAUCGUUUGCGCCGGUGAGGAGUACCGCGAGUACGGCCAAACUACGGCAGCCACGCUGCUAAAGGUGAAACGACCACCAACGGUUAACAAUCCGGCCGAGCAGAGGUUCUGCUCGCUGCCGAGACCACCCUACGACAGGCAUCAGCAGCAACCCGGCACGCUGGUUCCCGAACCGUAUCCCAACUACCAUACCAUCUCCUAUACCAAGAGCGUUCCGCGACCGGGUGACGGCACCGUACAGCAGCCGGACCAGCAGCAACAUCACCACCACCAGGGUGUUACCGUGCGUCGGCGACAUAACGCGGAGGUGCUGGCGGCCCGAAGACGCGCUGACUACCGGCGGAACACCAUCGACGUGACGAUGGUGGAGGUAAAGAUGGCGGAAGCGGCAGCAGAACAUCAACAGCGGGCAUUGCAACACCAGCAACCGCCCUACCUUACCGGUCCCGGACGACUCAUCCCGUCCAAGUCGAUCAACCAUCUGGCGAGUCUUGGCGGUGGUGCUGGAUGUGACGCAUCCGCUCCACUCGACCAGGCCAGCUUUAAUGCUACCUCUAUGCCCAAUCUCGGCAUACCGCUGACGACGACGGUUUCGAUCGCCACCCAGACCGCCCAGUGCAGCAAUCGCAAGCAACCGGAACUCACCCACACAACCGAUGGUACCGAACCGGGCGCAACCCACAAGGGACCGGAGUUCAUCGUAAAUUCCCACUCAGCACCAAAGUCUAUUGAUCUCACUGACGCAAAGACACAGCAUCGCAGAAUUGUAACGAUUCUACUGCUCAACGGUACCAAAGUGAACGUCACGUGCAAUCCCACGACCACACUCGCCCGCCACAUCUUCGAGGCAAUUCUCCGGCAGGAAGGAUUGGGCGAAAACUUCUUCCUCGGACUGUGCGCCCUCAUCGGUGGUGAUUUCGUCUUUCUGCCGCUGGAUCUCAAGAUCUACAAGGUGGCACCACAAAUAUGGAUCAACACGUCCAAAAAGUCCACUCCGAUGGUGGAGAACGUGGUAUUUAUGUUGUACGUGCGAAUUAAAUUCUUCCUGCCCACGCUACGGGGUGUGAGCUGUGUCGAGUCGCGGCAUCUACUAUAUCUGCAGCUGCGGAAGAGCAUCCUCGAGCGGCAAAUACUAUGCGCGGAGGAUGAUCUGAUCGCGCUCGGUGGGUUAGCGUUACAGUCCGAGAUUGGCAGCUUCAAAGAGCACAUGAAGUACUCGGAAUAUUUCACUAUCUCGCACUACCUGCCGGAGGAGGUGUACCGUAAGAAGCGCGAGCUGGCACGCUAUCUGCGCAAUGCCCACUUCCACAAGCGGGGGCUACACCAGCGGGAGGCGGAACACAACUUCAUCCGGUACGUGCAGGAGCUGAAGGAGUACGGGCUGCACCUGUACAGUGCGUCCUGGGCGACCGGCGAAGGUAUGACGCUGGACGUGUACGUCGCCAUCUCGCUCGCGGGUGUCGCCAUCUUCGAGCGUAACGUGCGCUAUCAACCACGGGGCAGCCAGGAACAGCAGGAAUGUCGCAACGGCAAGAACAGCUUCAUGCGCCACCUGUACGCAUUUUUCGACUGGCUCGAGAUCGAAAACAUCUGCUUCUCGAAGCACGCGUUCUGCGUGGUGGUGCGCAGAAGCGAAACGCUCGGCUCCAAGAGUGACAAGAAUCUAGUGAAGUACAAGCUGCGUAUGGAUGGAAGAAAGAGCUACUUUGCUUUCAACCUAGCCUCGGAACAUCACAAAUUUUACAUGAAGUUGCGCAACUCGUUCAUCUCGAUUAAAACUCUUGCCAGCGAGCUGAACAUCCCGAUCGAGCAGCAACCAAACGGUGGCAGCACUAUGUCGUCCACGGAUGAGGAUGGCCGCAAGAAGCGAACCGUCAGCGAACUGAUAGACGGUAACCACCGCCCAUCGCCGGAUCCGGCCAGUUUCGAUGCGAAGAACAUCGAAAAGAUCGACAAACCAUUCAAGACGACCGGGUUGCGGGUGCGCAAUCUCAAGAAAUCGAUGCUCAACGAUAACCGGCUCGCACGCCUACGGCAGCGUUUUCUGCUCAAGCGAUCGAAGUCAACCGUCGAGCAGGGCAGUGCCGGUACGUCCGCGCUGAACCUCACGGUGGAGAUUGCCAACCAGCAGAACCAGAACAAGGAGAACGAAAACCCGUUCCUGGACGGUGAACAGGAGACGGUGGACGGUGGUGGCGUGGCCAGUGUUUCUUCGCCCGGUGUCGCCGAGCUAACCCAGUCGGGCACGCUUCGGUCGCACCAGUCGGGCGGCAAUUCACCCAAAACCACGCACAGCAUGAACCGCAACAAGGUGAAGAUGGGCACGAAGGUGUUUUCGGCCCAGUUUUUGAACAAAUCGUUCGAUAACCUUGCUGCUGCUGCGGGUGGUACCGCUACCCUGCAGGGGUUAACCGGUGCGGUCUCCUUCCAGAACGUGGCCAACAUAAGCCGCAGCAGUAGUGGCUUUCUGCUGCACGAGGACGAUGGAGAGACGGGCGAUGGAAUGCACAGCGCUGCUCAUCCACCGGCACCGUCGUCACAUCCGCUGAUCGAGAGCAGUGUUGAUGAGGUGUUGUCGGUCAAGAGCAGUAUGGGUUCGGUGUACUUCAUGGAAAAGAUCGACGAACAAUCCGUUGGUGGGAGUGCCGAAACGUUACUCUCCCCGAAAGCGUGUGUCAUACAAUCGAGCAUCCGUAGCGAAAGCUGCCAGUUCGAGCUCCCGAUGACGGAUGAAACCAUCUCCGACACGCUGCUGGAGAAGUUUAACAACAUCAGUCAGUGUGGUGGGGCGUCUAACGAUCGCAUCCUCGCGACCGUGCUGAUUGUGAAGGAUGCCGUGAACGGUGCGGAGCAGGAGUCACUGAUGAUGGCAACCGCGCAGCGGCAGUUUCUCUCCCGCAGUCAAGAAUCCAUCGCCUUCCCAGGCAAAUGGUCCCUGACGGCGUCCAGCACCACCAAUGACGAGUUUGACGAGCGAUUCCCGUACGCAACGAUGGGUGGUGGUGUGCGGAAAAGAAACCGCGAGCAGACCAAUGCAGCCACCCGGUACACGCUCGGCAUCAGUAUCGUGCAGGGCAACGAUAACAACGUGUACGUGAAGGAUCUCGCACCCAACGGACCGGGAGCACGCAAUGGCGUACGAGUGGGCGAUCAGAUCAUUGCAGUUAAUGGGAAAUCAUUGCUCAACCUACCGUACGCCGAGUCGCUGAGCAUACUGCAGCAAACGGGACGGACAGUUGAGCUGGUACUGUCACAAAUCUUCCAACGUACCCAACCACUACCACCGGAGGAGGAGCAGCAGCAACACCCGCCUCGUCCACCAACCGUGACCAAGUCAAACAGUCUGUACAUUAAGAAUGGUAGUCGCUCAGCCAAUACCACACCCCUGCUGGACACGCACCAGCACACCUUACCACCACCACCGACGUACACGAAGCAUUUGGAUGAUGGUGACCGUGCGGUCAAAGCCUCCUUCCAGCAACACGCACAUCAACGUAAACAGCAUGCGGAAGGAAUUGGGGAAGGUGCCACUCUCCAGCGGAUGGGAGGCGACAACAACACCGGUGGCAGUGUGAGCCAACGCUAUACGAAAAACGUCGCCGACAUUCUCCGGACGCGCAAUCGCAUCGCACUGGCCGAACGGAGCCAACAAUCCCACCAACACCAACAACCACCACCCGCAUACGCUGGUCUCAGUCCCUCGAAAAGCAUGCCCGACUUACCGAAGAUUCUGCAGGCGUACGGCAAACAACCGGCCACGUUCGGUGUACUGCUACCGGCAGGUGUGAUUGGCCCGGUCCGGAACAGCACGCGGUUGGGAUCAUCGGUGAAGUUGCCGGGACACCACGGUACAGCAGUGUCCCGCAAGUAUACCGGCCCGACAAAGUAUCCUGUCACACCGGCGAAGGACACGUUCAAAACCACCGUCGGUCCCAUCCGGACGCAGCUCUCCCUCUCGAAUGCGUCCGAGGACGAGCAGGUGUUCAUCUAA